GUUCAGACCGCCGCGCAGGCGUGCAGUCGCGGACCAGGAGAGACCAUUGGGCGUCUGUACAUCCUGGCAGCCCUGGCAGCAAGGCCUGAAGGAUGUAAAACCACAGCGCUGCGGGGAGACAAACAGAGACAGAGACCGGGAGAAAUACUAACAAAGCGAGACCGAGCGGGGCCCAGGCGGUGGCGGCACAAGGAGGCUGCAGUUCUCCGGGAGCAUCCCCCACCCAGACCCAGAGCCCUUCAUCUCGCCCACUGCUUCGCUGGGGGCGCCUGCCUCUCUGGCGAGCUGGCUCCCGGCCCGGCUCCGCCCCCGCCCCAGUGCUCUCCGGCAGCUUAACCCUCGCCUGCCCGCCUCCUGCCGCAGCCGCCCAGCCCCUCCAGCCGCUGCGGGCGGGCUCUGGCCCUCCUCCUCCCCCACUUGGCGGGGACGCGCGGCGCCGGGAGCUGACCGUGGUGCUGAGCUCCGUGCGCGGCUCGGGAGCGGCUCCCGGCCCUGCCAAGGACGCUUACUGCGACACUCCCGGCCGGCCACCAGCGCAGCCUGGGGCACUGGCGGCAUGGAGCUGAAGAGAGGAAAGACCUUCAUCAAAUCCAGCCUGCAGAUUUCCCAUGAGAAACCCCCAGACCCAGCAGCCACUGCUCCAGUCAGGGAGGAUGCAGGUCCCUGGUCAGUCUCACCAGGAGGGCAACAGCGGCCCUACAGUGAGAGAGCCCCACAGGUUAGUCCCAACGCCCAAGGAUAUGACAGAUGCCCCAACAAGGGAGCAAAACCAGAACCCGAGGUGGGGGCUACAGCCUUCUGUGGGGCCACCUUCAAACUGGUACGAAAGAGCAAGACUCAUGACAGUGUGCCUGGGGCUGGCAGGGUGAGUGCCACCACAGGGCACCUGGUGGGCAGCGCGAGUUUCCCAGGACCCUCUAGCAGCCAGCGCAUGAUUGACUACCGCCACUUUGUGCCCCAGAUGCCCUUCGUGCCAGCUGUGGCCAAGAGCAUACCAAGGAAGAGGAUCUCCCUGAAACGACCUAAGAAGUGCUUUCGGAACCUAUUCCACAUUCGCAGAAACAAGACUGAGAACUUGGCCUCACUGGUAACCAAGAGGGAGAGCCUGUCCUCGCCUGGAGGCCCAUCAGAGGCUGGAGGGCAGACAGACACAGGCUUCUUUCCCUUUGGUGAAGGACUGGGGCCAGAUGGCCUAUGUCAAGACCUAUCUGACAGCGAGCUCCUGCCCGACUCUUCCUUUGACCUCUGUAGGGCCCUGUGUGAGGAUGUGGCCUCACUCAAGAGCUUUGACUCUCUCACAGGCUGUGGGGAGAUCUUUGCAGAUGAAAGUUCCGUGCCAUCCCUGGAACUGAACGAGGGCCUGGAGAGCCCAACUCAGGUAUCACAGGCCCUUGAAAACAAAGUUCUUAGGGGCCCCUUCCAGGGCAGCAUGGAACAGCUGGCAUCACCCGCCCAAAAUGAGAUGUCUGACUUUGCCAAGUUCUGGGACAGUGUGAAUCGCUCUGUGAGACAGCAGCAUAGCACCCUACUGGGCCCAUGGCUGGGGAGUCCCCAGGGGACAGAUACAGACCGACCCAGGCUGGAUACAGCUGGGCUUGCUGAGCUCCCCCUGUGUCCUUGCAGGGACCCCCACAGUGGCUCCAAAGCCAGCUCCAUAGACACAGGUACCCCCAAGAGUGAACAGCCAGAAUCUGUGUCCACAAGUGAUGAAGGCUACUAUGACUCCUUCUCACCUGGCCUCGAGGAGGAUAAGAAGGAGGCUUCGAGUCCAGGCACACCUGCAGCUGCCUUCCCCCGGGAUAGCUACAGUGGAGAUGCCCUCUAUGAGCUCUUCUAUGACCCCAGUGAGGGCCCUGUUGGCCCAAGCCUGGAUGAUGACCUGUGUGUGUCUGAAAGUCUGUCAGGGCCAGCACUAGGAGCACCACUGUCCAUGUGCAGCUUCCAUGUGGGGGCAGAGGAAAACUUGGCCCCAACACCAGGUCCAGACCUGCUCAGCCAGAGCUUUUUGCAAAGCUCCUGGAAGGGCAAAGAGUGUCUGCUAAAGCUCUGUGACACUGAGCUUGCCAUCACCAUGGGCAUUAUCAAUUGGCUUCGCCGUAGCCCUGAGCUCCGCACCCCGCCUGCCUCAGCCCCUGGGGAUACUGCAACCUCACCCAGGGGACAGACAGAGAAACUGGAAGCUGGCUCUGAGCAAAAGAGCCCAGGUCCAGUGAAGCUGGAGGUCAGGGGGCCUGGGGCUUCAGAUGCAGGUAGGACCAUUGUGGGCUCAGUACCCAGCAGGCGGGAGCUGUGGGCACAUUCGCUUACCAAGGGCCUACUUGCUGGAGAGAGCAAGGUCCUAGCAGGGCCUGAGCAGGUAACUAGCUCUCUGUCCAGGGACCCAUCUCUGGAGUGUGUGCAGGUCUCUGGGGAAGGAGGGACACAAGGCUGCUAUGAAGGCUUGUUCUCCCCUGUGGGGUCUGCAACCUCUGCAACAACAGACACUUGCAGCAAAAACAAAGUCUCAAACCUUUGGCCUAGCUCCCAGGAGCCCAGACCACCUGGGAAUCUGGAGUAUUUCCGAGGUUCUUGGAGGCCUGGUCCUGGGGAAAGCACCCUCGAUGUAGAGCCCACCCUGACAGGCUGUGCGGCCCAGGUUGCAGCCCUGCAGAUCCAACCAGACUGCCAACCCCCUACUAAACAACCCCCAAGGCAGGACAUGAGCAGUGGGCUCUGCAGGCAACCUCAAACCAGGGGCCCUGAAAUUCUGCAGCAGAAACAGCCUAACAGCUUCCCUAGCAUGGCAGUUUCAUGUGGCUUGCCCUCCCUGGGUAGUCCACUACACAGCUCACAGGACCAGAGGUGCCCAGGCCAUGUUCUUGACCUCAGCCAGCUCAGGGUGGAGCACACCAGGAUGGAUGCCCAGUCUCGUGCCUCUGUGGAGGACCAGCCCCUGUAGCUCAACUCAAGGGCUGUGGAGCAGGGGCACACAGGGGCCAGCUGGACUUAUAACCCCUCUUGGCCCUGCUACCCAGCUGAGACCCUGGGGCAAAUUGCCAGGAAUCCUGGACUUCACUUCCAAAAACCAGCACAAGUGAACCCCUUCUGCAAGUGUCCCAGAAAACUUCCUGGACCAUAAGGGCCUCCCCUGAAACCAGCGGGAAGUAGGGGCCCUAGGCCAUCCAUGUUUGAGCCUCACGUGUAGCACGGACCCCCACUCACCAGGAACUGCAUCUUUGUGGCCACAUUCAAGAGAACUUAAGACCCAACUUUCCAUCUUUGUCCCUGAUGUAAGGACUAUUGGGGGGUAGGAGGUGUCAGGACACAAGCAAGUGGAGCAGAGCAUUUUAAUAUGGAGGCAUCUAUGCCUGAACCCACCAGUUCAGCCAGGCCAGAUACUGGGUAGCCUAAGGCCAAGGACAGCUGAAAAGCUGCCAUUGCUCUCAAAGUGUGCCUCACUGAUUUCCCCACAGAGAAACGAAGACUCAAAACCCAGUUGGCUGUGAAGUGGCCACACCUGGCUUCUCCUUAUACAGCAUGUCAUAUAGAGGAACUCAGGCUUGAAACUGAUGGGGAGAUAACAGAACAUCCUAUAAAUCGGAGGUGGAGGGAGCCAUGAAGUCUGCAUAGGGGGUUGAGAAUAAUAAUGUGUGAUCCAAGGCUUACGGGUGGGAUGCAGAGAAUGGGAUACAGGCAGGAUAGGGGGCCACGGAUGAGCUCAGGAAUGCCCACUGGCCCCACACAAGCCUGAUCUCUACCUCCAGGACAAGCAGCCACAAUGUGCUGGGGCCCUGAAGGACUUCUCAUGGGAGUAAGAAGCAGGACAGGUCUCAUCUCAGUAAGAGCCUUGAAUCAGCAGACACCAUGUGUUACUGUGCAACCUUGCCAGGGCUAGCCAAACCCUGAAGAUCCUGUGGGUGUUGGUGAGUUCUCAAUUACAAAUCAGCCCGAUAAUUUCCCCAAACUUUCACUCUCUAAAUGAAGCCAAGGAUGGCAAAAUAUUCUUAGGGAAGAAGUUGAUUGAUUCUUCGCAACUCUGCCAUUCUCAUCCCUCCACACUGUCAGCAUCCUUGCCUCCCCCUUCAGGAAAACUUACCUUGGAAUGAAGCUGCAACUCUCUCAUCUUCCCAAAAGCCACAACAACAUGCACAACACCAACUGUCCAGAAUCUUGGAGUGAAAGGUGGCCCACAUCUUCAGGAAGGGCAGGUGUCAGGAUAUUGGGUACAGCAACAGACCACACAUCAAGGUUCUCUGUGAUAAGAUCCUACCUCACCUGACAUGCUGCAGUGAGAUGUAAAGGAUGGCCACCACAGAUACGAACCUGUUUCUAGAGGAAAGGUCAUCAGAAAGGGAUAGGUUAAGUGGGGAUAGGGGAGAAAUGCCAACUAUAGGGAUGCAGUCUGAUAGCUGAUCACAGGCUGGGGCUUCUCCUGAUUGUCUGAGGCUUCAUUUCAGGAUAGAAAAUGCUCUGCCCUCAUUAACAACUGCUUACUGGAGCCUACUGUGUGCUCCUAUAGGCCGCUGACCAGGCCUAUCCAGACCUUGGACACUGAGGAAAGACAGGGCCAGUCUUCCUGGGAAAUCACACAUGAUGCUUCCUCUCAGGACCUCCACAAAUGAUUAGUGUUAUUGAACUGUGCUGGGAACAGGUUACAUGUGGAAUAGUUUAUCUCAUCCCUGCAUCAACCUGGAUAUAAUUGUUGUCAUCAUUUUUCAGAUAUGGAGACCAAGGCACAGAGUGCUGAUGUGACUUGCCCAUGGAUGCACACAGCUAGUGUGUGGGGUUGAUGGGGUUUGAAUCCCACACUUUGACUCCUAAGGCCCAGCUCUUCACGAGGUUCUAGAACUUCUCUUGCUGAGCUCCUGCAGCAAACACCUCUUUCAAAGCCUCCACUCCUCCCUUCUUUCAGGGCACAGAUGUCUGAGCACCGUCUGGGUGCCAACCACAUGUCCCCCUGUAAGCAGGCUGAGUAUCUCAUUCAGUCAUGGCCCUUAUCACUUUGUACUGCACCUGAGCAGAGCAAGUGCUCAGUGCAUAUUUACUUGUUCAAAUAAUGAAAUAUCAAAAGGUUGCUUGUGGCUUUCUGAUUUUUUAAUUAAAUGUGAGUCUUGUGUCUGGAGAGUAGCAGAGUUAAGGUUUUACCUUGGCAGAAGCUCUGAUGGAACAUUUCCUUGAUGUGAUGUGGUGACUGGUGGUGAUGGAGGCAAAUCCAGCCAGCUCCAAGAGCGCUGGGAGAGGCAGGAACUGAGGAGGUUCAGGCACAGUCAGGAGGGGCCUAGGGUCAGGAUGACAGGACAAAAGUAGACCCAGGACCCAGAGGUUAUGGUGAGGGUAGUCUACAGUGACACACAGCAGGGCAGGACAGACAAGGAACAGGUCCUGCCUCCUGAGAGAAACGCCCAACCCAGUGGCUCUCACUCUGGGAAGCAUCUUAAGCAAUCCUGACACCCUAGAAAUUCUCAUUCUCAGCAAUGUUGGGGAACAUUGGCUUGUUAGGCACCUUGCUGGGAGAAUGGAUGAGGCACUUCCCUUUCUCUUGUGUCCAGAGGGUCUGAGGAAGCCAAAGACCAUCUCUCUCCACAUCCCACCCCUUAGGCUGCCCUCCUCUGCAAGAGGGGUCCAGGCAGUGCCCAUCUGUCAGGGUUCUGCAGGCCUCAAGGAUGUUCUCCAGGUGAUCCAUGGAGAGCAUAGGAUCGAACUGCAGGGCCAGCUCCUGGGUUGAGUGCCUAGCCCAGUGUUGGGAGUAGCAGAGGCCUAUGAGGCAUUUUCAGAAUUCCGGUCAUUUUUUACUCUCUCAUUCACAUGGCUAUAGAGGCUAUAGGAGCUUGUUUCUCCCAUAUAAAGUAAAAUCCUGAGAAGUACGUCUAAUUGUUGCAGCCCAUAAAUAUUCCACAGAGUCUGACUCACCUAGGGUCAUACAGUGGCAAGUAGAGAGCUGGGGUUCACCCUGCGGCCUGUGAACUAUGCCUUUCAAGCAUCCAGUCUUCCAGGGUUGCAUGGGGAAAUGGGAGGUGCUGGGAGGAGGCCAGGCAGCCUCCAAGCCUGCCCUAAAUGUGGUGGUGGCCUGGACCUACAGCAGAGUAACCUGGAGUACACCAGGGGGCAAGGCAGAGAACAGGGGGGAGGUGAUGAAAACAGGUAAAGACCAGCACAUGCUAAGGAAGAGCCUGUGAACUACAUCAGGGGAUACUUCUUACCUUUCCUGGUUUCUUAUUUUAUUUUACUUUUUAUGGAAUGAGGAUAAAUAAGCAGGAUACAGAACUCAAAAGACACAGAAGAGAAGACAAUAAAAAGUAAGUCUCUUUCCUUCUUUUAUCCUUCUGUUGUUUUGAUUACAAAAUUUAUUCCCAUUUACUACAAACAAUCCAAACAAAGCAAAGUGCUGAGCCUCCACUUCCUGGAGCUUCUUGAACACUGGGUAUGUCCUCAGACCCUUUUUAUGCCCAUGAAAUAAACACACAUGAAUGUUAAUCUUUUUUACUGCACAGUGCAUCACAGACAUCUUCUUAGCAGGUGCCAGCAGCAGGCAGUUUCUCCAUUCUCUUGAACAAUUCCACAGCAAUCUCCUAUAGGUAACAAUUAAUUUAGAUAUUCUCCUGUUGAUGGCUAUUCAAGUUAUUUUGAUUUUUGCUGUUAAAAAACAAUGUUUUGGUCACUUCUUUAUUCUCCUAAGUCUUCUUUAUUAAAGUCCUCUUAAAAACUAUAAAAAUGAAACUUAACAAUGAAAAGAUACAUUUAAAAAGUGAAUAAUACAUCCUGUUUCCUGUACUCACCCCCUGCCCAGCUGUCCUGAGGCCUUGAUGUUAAUGCUCUGGGCUCCAUGGUGAUACACACAUAUCACACACACCCAUAUUUAGGAAGGGAAAGGUGGUUUUUUAUUAUUACAUGUAAGACGUUGAAAACUGCCAUCCUCAUCCUUACAACAAGAAAAAGCUGGACAAACUGAAAGUCAAUGACUAUUCAUGACCCGUCAGAGAACAGAGCAAACAACUUCCUUGAAAUAUGGAGAAACAGGUGCAUCCAGAGAAAUAUAGCAACCAAGACCUGGAGCAGAAGCUACGAAAUGACAAAAACUGUUAGGAAGAGAUAAAAAGUAAUUUUGACAAAUUGUUGCAGGUGAGCAAGAAGCUGGAAGGCUGGACAGUAAAAAGGGGCUAUGCUUUCAUAGCCUUUUCCUCUAGGAACCUUUUCAGGGUGAGGACAGAGAAAGAUCUUCUCAUAGGCCUGGCAGAGGGAGAGGAAAAGUAGCUACUAUGAAACCCUCCAGACCAUUCUCCCUAAUAGGUCUACCUCACAUGGGAAGGACUUCUCCAGAGGGCGAUUCUGAAACUUUUCCAAGCUGAAGAAAAAGAACUCCACCCCACUCCAGUCCUCUCCAACCUUCCUUUCCCAUGUGUGAAUAAAUAAGUAAAUAAGUAAAGUAAGUGACAGUCAAUUGGAAGAGGGACUUCAAGAAAACAGAUUGGAAACAGUAGGAGAGAGACUAAAUCUUCUUAAGGUCUAACCCCACCCCCAAAGUACAAGCCCACAAAGGACUGAGACAUACUUAGAAGCUUAGGUGUAAAGGAACAUCCCUUCCCUCCCCACCCUACCCACUCACCCUAUCAACACACUAAUAAGUAUCCAGUAAUAACAGUGAAUCACAGCCAGAAGAGUUACAAGAUAAAGAUUCCAUCUAAGGACCAGAACAAAGGGAAGCAGAAGCAGGAGGAGGAGGGGGGAGGGGAAGAAGAAGAUGGAGGAAGAGUAGGAGAAGGAGAAGCGGGGAGGGGGAAGAGGAGGAGAAAGAUGGGGAAGAGGGAGAAGGAGAGGAGGGGGAAGAUGAGGAGCAGGAGGAUGAGGAUGAGAAGGAAGGAAAAAGUAAGCUCACUAGAGUAAUAUGAAGCUCUUGUGCCUUUAGCUGCGACUAAUAUUAAAACAGACCAACUCUUAGCUAGAUUAAUGUAAAUCCUUACACUAAAAGUCUAUUUGCCUCAGUACAUAUUACUCUAUACAAUAUGUCCUGCUUUCAACACAAAGUUAUAAAGUUCAAGAAGAAACAAACUUUGAAGGACAAAGCUAUCAUCAGAACUGGACUCACAGAUGUUGGAAUUAUCAGAUAAAUAUUAUAAAAUAAGUACGAUUAAUAUGUUAAGAGCUCUAAUGAGAAAAAGUAGACAACAUGUAAUAACCAGUGGUAAUAACAACUUACAAGAAUAACUUUAAGAAAUAAAUAAAAAGAAAAUGCUUGAAAUCAAAAGUACUGGCACAGAAAUGAAGAAUUCCUUUGAUGGGCUCAUCACAGACUCAACAUGGAGGAUCAGGGAACUUUAUUUAAAAAUACCUUGAGACAAAUAAAAAUGAAACUCAGCAUACCAAAACUUAUGAAAUGCAGAGUAAGCAAUAUGAGAGAAAUUUAUAUCUGUAAUGCGUACAUUAAAAAAAGAAAGAUCUCCAAUCAAUAAUCUGAUUUUAUACCUUAAGAAAUGAGAAAAAGAAGAAAAAACUAACUCAAAGCCAGCAGAAGGAAGGAAAUAAUAUAGCUUAGGGUAGAGAUAAAUAAAAUGGAGAAUACAAAAACAAUUGCAAGGUCAACAAAACCAAAAGUUGGUUCUUUGAAAAGAUGAACUAAAUUGACAAAUGUUUACCUAGAUUGAAAACAAAAGAAAGACUCAAAGUACUAAAAUCAGGGAUGAAAGUAGGAAUGUUACUACCAUUUUACAAAAAUAAAAAAGAUUAUAAAAGAAUGCUAUGAACAUUUAUAUGUCAAUUAAUGGGAUAAUCUAGAUGAAAUGGACAAAUCCUUAGAAACAUACAUCCAACAAAACUAAGUCAAUAAAGAGACUUAUGAACAAUAGAAUAGAUCAUUGAAACCUGCAACUGGUUAUUUGAAAACAUCAACAAAAUUGAUAACACUUUAGGCAGACUCAUCAAAGAAAAAAAAAAGAGUGAAGACUCAAAUAAAUAAAAUCAGAAAUAAAGAAGGAAAAAUAACAACUGACACCACAGAAAUACAAAGGAUUUUAAGAGAAUAGUAUGAAAAAUUAUAUGUCAACAAUUGGACAACCUAGAAGAAAUGGAUAAAUUCCUAGAAACUUAUAACCUUCCAAAACUGAAUUGGGAAGAAAUAGAAAAUUUGAACAGGCCAGUCCUAGCAAUGAAAUUGAAAUAAUACAAAAUAAAACAAAGCAAAAAUAAUAAAAAUAACAAACAAAACAAAACAAAACAAAAAACCCUACAACAAAAAAAAAGUCCAGGACAAGAUAGCUUCACAAAUGAAUUCUACCAAACAUUUGAAAAAUUAAUACUUAUUCUUCUUAAACUAUUCCAAAAAAUGGAAAAAGAAGGAACAUUUCCAAAUUUAUUCUAUGAGGCCAACAUUACCCUGAUACCAAAGCAAGAUAAAGACACUAAAAAAAAAAAAAAAAAAAAAAAAAAAAACUACAGGCCAAUAUCUCUGAUAAACAUAUAUGCAAAAAUCCUCAGCAAAAUAUUAGCAAACCAAAUCCAACAGUACAUUAAAAAAAUCAUUCACCAUGAUCAAGUGGGAUUUAUUCUAGGGAUGCAAAGAUGGUUCAAUAUUUGAACAAAUCAAUUAAUAUGAUCAUCACAUCAAUAAGAGAAAGGAUAAAAACCACAUGAUCAUUUCAAUAGAUGCAAAUAUUUUCAUCCUUUCAAAUAGAUUUCAAAAUCUAUUUUGGCAAAGUACAAUAUCCAGUCAUGAUAAAAACUCAACAAACUAGGCUUAGAGGGCACAUAUCUCAAUAUAAUAAGGCCAUAUGUGGAAAACCACAGCUAACACCAUACCCAAUGGUGAAAAACUGAGAGCUUUUCCUAUAAGAUGAGGAACAAGACAAGGAUGUUCACUAUCACAACUUUUAUUCAAUAUAGUACUAGAAGUCCUAGCCACAGCAAUCAGACAAGGAAAAGAAAUAAAUGGCAUCCAAAUUGGUAAGAAAAAAGCAAAACUGUCACUAUUUUCAGAUGACAUGAUACUAUACAUAGAAAACCCUAAAGAUUCCACCAAAAAACUACUAGAACUGAUGGGGUGCCUGGGUGGCUUAGUCAGUUGAGCAUCCGACUUUGGCUCGGAUCACGAUCUCACAGUUCAUGGGUUCGAGCCCCACAUUGGGCUCUGUGCUGACAGCUCAGAGCUUGGAGUCUGCUUCAGAUUCUGUGUCUCCCUCUCUCUCUUUUCCUCCCCUGCUCAUGCUCUGUCUCUCUCAAAAAUAAAUAAAGAUUAAAAAAAUUAAAAAAAAAACUACUAGAACUGAUAAAUGAGUUCAGUAAUGUUUCAGGAUACAAAAUCAAAGUACAGAAAACAGUUGCAUUUCUAUACAUUAAUAAUGAAGUAGCAGGAAAAAUUAAUAAAACAAUCCUAUUUAUAAUUUCACCAAAAAUAAUAAAAUAUGUAUAAGUAAACUUGACCAAGGAGGUGACAAAACUUGACUCCAAGAACUAUAAAACUUGAUGAAAGAAAUUAAAUAUGACACAAACAAAUGGAAAGAUAUUCCAUGCUCAUGGAUUGGGAAAUUAUUAUUAAAAUGUACAUAUUUCUAAAUCUAUCUACAGGUUUAAUGCAAUCUUUAUGAAAUACCAACAGCAUUUUCCACAGAAAAUGCUAGUUCUAUUAUUAGAACUAAUAAUCCUAAAAUUUGUUUGGUACCAGGAAAGACCAUAAAUAGCUAAAGCAAUCUUGAAAAAGAAGAAUAAAGCUGGAGGUAUGACAAUCCCAGAUUUCAAGGUAUAGUAAGCUGUAGUAAUCAAAACAGUACAGGACCAGCAUAAAGUAGACACAUAUAUCAAUGGAACAGAAUAGAGUACCUAAAAAUAAACCCAUACUUUUAUGGUCAAUUAAUCUACAACAAAGGACACAAGAAUAUGCAAUGGGAAAAAGACUGUCUCUUCAACAAAUGGUGUUGAGAAAACCGGACAGCAUCAUGCAAAAGAAUGAAACCAGACCACUUUCUUACACCAUACACACAACUAAACUCAAAAUAGAUUAAAGACCUAAACGUGAGACUUGAAACUACAAAAUUCUUAGGAGAAAACAUAGGCAGUAAUUUCUUUGACAUCAGCCAUAGAUUCAUUUUUCUAGAUAUGUCUCAUUAGGCAAGGGAAACAAAAGGAAAAUUAAACUUGAGACUACACUAAAAUAAAAAGCCUUUGCACAGUGAAGGGA